AUGAAGCGCUUCGUGAGAACCUGGACUGCGCGCUCAAGCUCCAGCGACAGCGGCGCCGAACACCGCGAAGACUCCCCCGAAGCAGUGGUCAGGAAGGAAUUAGCGGCAUUUUGCGAAUCAAACACGAACAGCGGCGAAUCGCAAGGAGCCGAAAUCGUCCACCUCCCCAAGAUCGUCGAAGCCGCCGAAUCCAGCCCGGAAGCCGCUAAAGAAGCGGCCCUGCGCAUUCGAAAAUACCUCGCCGAUCCCGCAGGCACCCCCAACUCCGCCCAGUACAAUGCGAUCAUGCUCAUGCGCAUCCUGGCCGACAACCCAGGUCCCACCUUCACGCGCAACUUCGACGCGAAGUUCGUGACAACUAUCAAAGAGCUGCUGCGCUCAGGACAUGACCUUCACGUCCAGGGCUACUUGCGCCAGUAUCUGGAGACACUCGAGCAACAGCGCUCAUGGGACGAGAAUCUCAAACUGCUGCUUGCCAUGUGGGCGAAGGAGAAAACAAAGACAACACGUGGAUUUCCGAAGUUCACUCGUCCUCCUGUCCCGCCCAGAUCUUAUACCCUACCUGGACCACCCUCCGGAUCGCCGAGAAACACACUACCGAAACCCGAGGAAAUGGCCGCGCGCAUCGAAGAAGCACGGAACAGCGCAAAGCUACUCACGCAAUUCAUACAGUCGACCUCGCCGAGCGAUCUGGAGGACAAUGACCUCGUGAAAGAGUUCCUGGAUCGCUGCCAAACGUGCGCGCGUAUCAUCCAGGGCUUCAUCCAGGCGAACAAUCCCGCUCCGGAUGAGGACACACUCUUAACGCUCAUUGAGACGAAUGAUGAGAUCUCAGUUGCGAUUUCGCGCCAGCAGCGCGCAAUGCUGAAGGCUCGCAAGCUCAGAGGGUCUUCGUCGCCUAGCUCGUCAAAUGUCAAUAGCCCUUCGCCGACGGCUGGGUCUGGCGCCAAUGUUCCUGCUGUUUCUACGCCGGCGCCGGCGCCGGCCCCUUCUGCUUCGGAUACCGCUCCCUCUGUUGUCUCUGCCGUAUCCUCUCCCCCUCCCCCUCCCCCGCCAAAGCAUUCACGACCAGACCAUGCGGUCGCGGAGUUGCCAAACACUGUUAUGACCGGUGGCCGGCAGCCUAGCGCCACGACCAGCCGGUAUGAGUAUAAUGCAGAGGAAUUCCAGGUGCGGAAUCCCUUUGCAGACGACUAUGCCGCUGAGUCGGAUAGGCCGCAAGGUUCGCAUACUGACCGGGUGCGCUUCCAACCUGCCGAGCAAGAGCGUUAG